UGCGGGCGGCCGAGGGGUUAAGGGCGCGGGUACCCUUUUUGUGAGCUGCGGGCGUGGGACACGGCGGAGUCCUAAACAUGCUGCUCUUCUGCCCUAGCUGUGGGAACGGGCUGAUUGUGGAGGAGGGACAGCGCUGUCACCGCUUCGCCUGCAACACUUGCCCUUACGUGCACAACAUCACCCGCAAGGUAACAAACCGGAAGUAUCCAAAGCUGAAAGAAGUGGAUGAUGUGCUUGGAGGAUCAGCAGCCUGGGAAAAUGUUGACUCUACUGCAGAACCGUGUCCCAAGUGCGAGCAUCCUCGUGCCUACUUCAUGCAGCUGCAGACUCGCUCUGCAGAUGAGCCGAUGACCACCUUCUACAAGUGCUGCAAUGCCCAAUGUGGACACCGCUGGAGGGAUUAAUAUAUGGAACUGCUUCAGUGUCUGCCAGAUGUGUGAACUCUGUGUCCUGGGGGGUCUUUAUUGGUAUAGGGAAAAGCUGACCCUUUGGGGAGAAGACCAGCGUGUCUAGAAAUGUAGCCCAUCUGCCAGGUAGAGUAAGUGAAGUCAUUAAUGUCCAGGGAGUUUGUGGGGAAGAGACCUGAAAGGAAGUAUACUUAGUUUAAGGUCCUUUUUUCUCAUCUUUUACACUUACUGUCAGUUGACUUUUUUUUUUUUUUUAACCAUCAUCCAAUAGUCUGCACUGUUUCCAUAAUGUAGCUUAUUAAAGUUUCCCUACCUGUGCAACUUAUUUAAUCAAAAUUUGU